CUCACUACCGACAUUGCAAUUUGCCAGCUUUGAGCUGCUCGCGACUUUUUGCGUAACUUACUCAUAUCCUCCCAUCAUGACGACCGAAAUGGAGGCCGCACCCGUCCUCUCCACCCCCGACGAUCGCAUCCUCGAAGCCACCGAUCCUGUUGCAUCUCAGGAACCAAAUCGCGCUCUCUCCGACGAGGAGCUCUCGAUCACCUAUGACAUCGAGCGGACCCUGAAAGAAAUCCGCCAAGCGCGGUAUAAGCGCAUUGCACUUCAAUUCCCCGAUGACAUGCUUCCGGAUGCCCCCCGCGUGUUCCAGCUGCUCAGCCGCGGCCUGGACGUCACCGAAACCCCUCAACCACAAAGCAAUGGGCAAAGCAGCGGCGAUGACGCGGAACACCUAGCCGAGUCAGUUGGCCAGCUCAAGGUUGAUGCGGCUACGGAGCCUGCGCCCAGACUAUAUAUUCUUGCGGAUACCUCCUACGGAACAUGUUGCGUGGACGAGGUGGCCGCGGAGCAUGUGGAUGCAGAUGUUGUCGUGCACUACGGCCGAUCAUGUCUGUCCCCCACAGCCCGACUACCGGUCAUCUACGUUUUCACGCAAAAGCCUCUGCCUCUUGAGCCUGUCGUCCGCGCUUUCAAGGAGACCUACCCCGAUCUUGCGACCAAGGUCAUCCUGGCGGCGGAUGUGACGUACUCCAACCACGUUCCGACUCUACACUCGCGCCUUGUCGAAGAGGGCUAUACCAACCUGUUCGCGACGGAUAUUGUUCACAACCCCUCCUCUGCUAUCCCCAACCGCACCGUACCGGAAUCCGUCCAGGAGACCCCAGAGUCACUGUCCGAGUGGCAGCUAUUCCACAUUUCCGACCCUCCGACGGCCCUGCUUCUGACCCUUGCGUCCCGAGUUGCGGCCAUCCAUAUCUAUCCGACUGACGACGUGACUCGAGAGGUUGUGAAGCCGUUGCCCGCGUCCACUGCGGCUGCACUGCGUCGCCGUUAUGCGAUCUUGACCUCUCUCAACACCGUGCCCAUCUUUGGAAUCCUCGUCAACACCCUGAGUGUGAAGAACUAUUUGCACAUCGUCGAGCACGUGCGUGAUCGAAUCGCGGCAGCCGGUAAAAAGAGCUAUCUGUUUGUGGUGGGCAAGCUCAACGCGGCCAAGGUGGCCAACUUUAGCGAGAUUGGUGGAUGGGUGGUUAUUGGAUGCUGGGAGAGCUCUCUCGUUGAUAGCAAGGAUUUUUGGAAACCGGUGAUUACUCCAUCGGAGCUGGAACUCACUCUUCAAGGGGACACAGAGCGCGUGUGGACUGGGGCCUGGCGGAGUGAUUUCCAGAGCGUGCUCGAUCAGUCGAAGGAAGAGGAGGAGAAUGCGACCCCGUCGGCGAACGAUGAAGGCGAGAUGUCGGAGCCCGAGUCGGCGCCGCCCGAGUUUGACCUGCGCACCGGUCGAUAUGUCUCGCACUCCCGUCCCAUGCGGAAUAAUGCUGCACCCCGCGUUUCUGCUUCAGCAGAAGAGGCCGCAUCGGCCGCUAGUGGACCGUCGGCUGCGCGCGCCUUAGCCAGGCGGGCCAAGGGCGAUAUCGCCAUGAUCGGCGGGACGUUCUCCCCAGGGGCGGAAUUCCUGCAGUCCCAGCGGACCUGGAAAGGCCUGGGCAGUGAUUUUGACAUCCAAUAUGAAGAAGAUGCACCGGAUAGCACGCUGGUGGUGGAAGGGCGCAAGGGAAUCGCAAGGGGAUAUACAGUGGGCGACGAUAUCGAUCGACACUAGGAGGAUAGAUAGACACCAAAUCAAGUUUUCUUGUUGAUCUGACUGGUCUAGUGAACGGUGUAGUUUUCAUGCCUUAUUGCUCUUAUCGGCCCAAAACAGACGUUGGGUGACGGAGGUGGACUAUCCCAAUCAGUACUCACCUUUAACUAGGUAGAUGAUGAGAAGAUUCAAUAAAGACGGGACAAUCGAUAGAGAAACUAUGUGUGAGGGAAUAUUGCAGUCCAUCCCUUUAGUUAGUCUUUCCCCUUCCUGUCUGAUUCC